CGAGAUAGAACUUGAACUGUCGUAGUACACCAUUGCAUGUUUCGGAAAAGUCAUCCACACGUGGAGGACAAGCUCCUUGCUCCCCGCACUUGCCGUACAUGCCCACGUCAAGAUAUUUGGACAGCUCUUUGACAAACCCAGUCCUAUUCCAGUGCAGAUAGAUGGACUUACAGUUAGAGGACAACCAUGCGACCUGUCGCUUCCGACCAGCAGCCCAAUUCCUUGUUUCGUUUGAACUAAUCGAUGGUUUACUGGUGUCAUAGUAAGCAAAGCUGGCAUAUAAGUGGGAUUCCCUGAAACGACUGUUGGCAGAUUCGAAGGAAGUAAUAUUGGUGGAAGAUAUGGACCAGAAAAUGGCAAAUCCAACCGAAAGAGAGAGAGAAAAGGCUGUAGCCAUCUGUUCGUCAGCAUCGAAGUCCAAUAUCAAGGCUCUCAUUACAAUGGUUUCUAAUACGAAAAACACAACAGUCAAAUUCAUUCAGCUACCAUACAAUGAUCUAGACAGCUUUCGGCUUUCAAGUGAAGGACUUGAUGGUGUGAUCCUUUGUCAUUCGAUCAACAAUCGUCGUUUUGCAAUCACAGACGUCAUGGAUGCACUCUAUGACAAGUUCUUGCCUCAUGUCAAACAAGUUUUCGGAAAAGACAACGUCUGUGUUAUUGCACAUGACUUUCCAUGGCCAAUGGGACCAAGAGCCGAUGAUCAUGCGAGGACCAAAGGAUCCUACAUGGAUGGCUUCCGGAGGAAACAAUUCACAACCUUCGAGUGUUCCAAACUGGCCAUCAUCAGUGGUCAGCUGGAAACUCAGAUAGACAUGGAUGAAGAGGAUUUGGAACAGUUUCAAGAAUUCAUCAAUCAAUGUUGGACCCAUCCUGAACCCAACAAUUAUGUUAAGUUGACAGAUGUCUUGUUCUAUACCAUAGGGGGUGGAAUGUUUGCAUAUGUAAUAUCCCGGUUUCUCCCUGCUGAAGGAGCUUCUCCUCCUUCACAGAGCAGUGCUCCAUCUAGAGGAAUAGCAGGUUUUGUUCUAAGGCUUGUUCGUUGUCCUUUCAAGAUCAUGUUAAGCAUCGUUAAGUUGAUUCCUUCAUGGGCAAUUUCUAAUAAUGCAAGUCAGUCUCUCUGGGCUUUAUUCAAGCGGGAUGUUCUCGUGAAAACCAUUGAGAUGCCCAGGUCCUCCUUGGGUAUCUUCGGUCUAGUCCCUUGGAUUUCUCUCAUGCCAUUUCGACUGGUUUUCUAUUCAUCUAAGUUUGUCACCACCUUGGUCAUGAGAUGUUCCUGGGACCUUUCAAAAUAUUGUUUGGUAACAGCAGGUGCAUACGUGAUGAUACCUGUGACAGCCAAACUGUGCUCCAUGGCGGUAGAUCGAAACCCAACACAAGGAAGAGACAGGAUUGUGUCAGAUGGUGAGAACCGUAAUAAUUGGUCUGUGGCACCCUGGCGAAAAUUACCAUUCUUAUUUUGGCGUCAUGUUUUUGAUCUGAUCACUCAGAUUGUCUUCAAUAAGUCCAAUAACGGUUAAGGAUUAUGAAAUUGCUGUCGUGUUUACGGAGAAAGAUCAUGGAAUUAUUCUUACAUAAGAUUACAAAUAUAAGAUAUGAAACAUGAACAUAAUUUAUGUCACAUGACAUUAGGGGGGAUGGGGUUACGAGCAUGUGACGUUACAAAAUUGAAUUUUACGGCGUGUACCAGAUAAUAAUGUCCCUCGUAUGGUCCAAGCAAUGAUUAACCAAUUCAAGUUUUAUAAAGUUUACAUAAUUUAGGAAGCUCAAAAUCUUACAGAUAUCGCUGUGGCGGCAGUAUUUGACGGUACAUUCUAAGUUUGAUAAUGGAAAUGCACACUGAGGGACACAAAAUUUGCAUUCUUUUUAAUUACUAUUUGGUCUAUCAGGGUUAAGUUAGGAAUAAAAAGUACCAUUUGUUGGUAAUGUUCACUUUCUUUAAGAAUGAUACACUUCAGAUUUUUCCUUCAUUUUCCAAGUUUGUACUCCUGCACCAUAUUUCUCUUUUAAUUGGUGCACUGAUUCCUUUAUCAGAUAUCAAAAACAAAAUAACGGUUCUUGCAUGAAUAUGCUCAAGUUCGUGAUUGGACGAGCCUGUUCAGAUCGGGAAAAUUAGCUAUGUGGUUCUUUAAAUAUGCUUUGAUUCUGAAAUUAAUUCAACCGUCUGCCAGAUUUGGCAUAAUGCAAAACUUGAAAUAUUUCCACGGCAAGAUUUUGUAACAUUAAAGCGUGAAUGAGUUGAGUUUAUGUUUAAUUGUGUUCAAAGAAAACUUGCUUAUUUAAAUCAUGAAGGGAGUUUUGAUUUCGAUUCGUUAGGUAGCAAUCAAUUAAAUUAUACAUGUGAAAUUAACAAAUGAAUACUGGAGGAACUUAAGCCUUACUCAGCUGCGUCAAUAUCAAGGAGUAUGCUGCACAGUCGACCAAGCUUGCAAUGGACUGUGCUCUCACUCGAGUUAACUUUGUCUAACCCAAAGAUAAUAAUUUUGAAAGAUUCGUGUUUCACCCCAAAAUGAGAAAUCGACUAUUUUGGUGACAAAGUGAAAAAAAAGGUUAAACAUUGGUUUAAAUGAAUUUAUAUUAAUUUUUGAUCGUAAGGUGUCGCAGGAAGCAGGAUUAUGAUCAUGCAAUGCUCAUUGAUAUUGUUGCAUAACUAGGGCCUGUUUAAGAUAUCUCGACUGUGUGUAUAACAUGUUUGCAAUUACAGUUUGUAGCUGCUGAAUUAACUUGUCAUAGAUGUAUGUUUCAUUAUAAUAUAUCUUUGUGAAACUUUACAUCAUAAUUUACACGUAUGUUUUUUUUUACAACUGCCCGGAUUUGCAGUGUAACUACAUUUUCUAUCUUACUCACACAUUCAAAAUGCAAAAUGUAAAUUGUUUCUCUUCACUUGUGACAUUAAAUGAAACAUGAGGUUGAUUUGAUCUAAACUUGUGAUGUUGUGAUUAUUAUACGUAAUAGAGUAUUUAUAUCAUUAGUACAUAUUAAUUAUUGUCAAUCAAUAUACCUCUAUUAUCAAUGAGUCAGGCAAAGUUUUUAACCAAACUAUGUGACAUGUG